UUUAGGUGGUUGGAUUGACGGGUGCUGACGGCGAGGGGAAAUUGUUCGUUCGAAGCUUUUAAAUACGCCACAAGAAGAGUCGCCAUUGAAAAGGUGCAGUCGCUUCAGCGAGGAUCCAUCAGCCUGCCCUUGUUUUAGGCAUAAUACAUUAAAUACAGCAAACAACCAGUGCUGUCUUCUGCGGAAGCAUUCAGGGGCAUCGGAGAACGAGGGACAGAGCAGCACUUCCUCUCUGUCCUUCGUCUUCCUCCGUGUGCCAUCCUUCUCUACCCCGGCUGGAUCUAGACUGCGGCAUAGUGCCCCCAGCCAGGAGUCUAAUGCUUGUCGAGGAUGAGUCCCGCGAUCGAGGCGAUGCAGGCAGAGCAGCAGCACUAUUCCAGCAAAGGGGUCCUGCUUGAACCCUUUGUGCACCAGGUGGGGGGUCACUCCUGUGUGCUUCGCUUUGGGGAGCAGACUAUCUGCAAGCCCCUCAUUCCCCGGGAGCACCAGUUCUACAAGAGCCUCCCAGCCGAGAUGAGGAAGUUCACUCCCCAGUAUAGAGGUGUGGUGUCGGUGAGCUUCGAGGAAGAUGAGGAGGGAAAUCUGUGCCUCAUCGCCUACCCCCUGCAUAGUGAGCAGGGGGGCUUGGAGAACGUGGACCCCACGGCGGACCUGGAGCCCAAGCACAAGGUACUGAAGUGGACCAACAAGAAGCCAUCUGCCAUGAUGCUGGACAACGAAAACUAUGGCAAGGACAGGCCCAGGCACGGGCGCAAGGACGAAAAGAUCAAAACCCACAACCGUGAGGAGGAGCUUGAGCGGCUUCAGCAGGCCGACGUGCUUUACUAUAGCCUGGAGAAGAGCAAUGCCGUGCCACAGGUAAAGCACAAUCCCUGGAGCCUAAAGUGUCACCAGCAGCAUCUUCAGAGAAUGAAAGAGAAUGCCAAGCACCGCAACCAGUACAAAUUCAUCCUACUGGAGAACUUGACAUGGCGACACACAGUACCCUGUGUGCUGGACCUAAAGAUGGGCACACGUCAGCAUGGCGACGAUGCCUCGGAGGAGAAGAAGGCCACUCAGAUCCGCAAGUGUCAGCAGAGUACAUCGGCCACCAUAGGUGUCCGACUGUGUGGAAUGCAGGUGUACCAUUCUGCCUCUGGGCAGCUCAUGUUCAUGAACAAAUACCACGGACGCAAGCUGACACUGGCAGGCUUCAAGGAAGCGCUCUUCCAGUUUUUCCACAACGGCCGCCGGCUGCGACAUGAGCUGCUGUCCCCAGUGCUGCGGCGGCUACGGGAUAUGCAAGCGGCGCUGGAGGCCUGCGAGUCCUACCGCUUCUACUCCAGCUCGCUGCUCAUCAUCUAUGAUGGUGAGGCAACGCGCACUCGGCGCCCACGCCACAAUGGUAGCAAGGAGGACGACCUUUCAGAGGAGGAAGAGGAGGGUGGCGCAUUUGGGUUUCCCUGCAGUGGUGCAGCGGCAAGUGGGGGAACCUCCAUUACUGAAGGGAGCCCCGUGGUGGACGUCCGCAUGAUUGACUUUGCUCACACCACCUGUCGGCACUAUGGGGAGGACAGCGUGGUACACGAGGGCCAAGACAGCGGCUACAUUUUUGGUCUUCAGAACCUCAUCACCAUCAUCUCCCAGCUGGAGGAGAAUAGUGCCGACUAGGUCCGCUCUCACUCUGUGUUACUGGUCAAUAAACAAUAAUAAAGAUCCACUUGAGGUGGUGACACUUCCACCAAAGGGUGCUGGAAAGGAAGGGGGUGGGCAGGGCACACGGGAGAGAGACAGUGCUUCACCCACCACCCAACCAAAAGGGACAGAGCUUUUUGUGUUCUGUCAGUUCUCUAGUUUCUGUGUUGGUGUUGCCGUUAUGUUUUGUGCGUAGAGGGCAGUUGGGUCGGCGGAUGUCGAAGAUACUCGUCUGUGUUCCGUGACUGAACUAGUCUUUCCUUGCACUGUUCUUUUUUUCUUUUUACUUUAAUGAAAGAAGGUGAUUAACAAAGAAAAAUGUGUAAAAAUAGAUAAAAAAGGAAAAGCUAUUAUUGAUACUUCUGAAACGAAGUGAUAUCUUGUCCCAUUUGAAUUUUUCACCAUGGUGCUGUCCCACAUUUCACAUAUUAUCUACCUGCUCUGUAGAGAGCACCACUGUGUCCCUGAAACUGAUCUCACCCGUGGGGGUGAGACGGGGACCGCAUGACUUGCAGAGCACAGGAAAGGAAGGUGAUGCUCCUGAAAGCCUUUACACUUCCCUCUUCUUACAACACUGGAGCAGCUAGCAAAGAAGUGAAGGUGGGAACAUGAGAGAAGGAAUAGAGAAAGUUGUUUUCUUUCUUACUGAUUUAUUUUCUGACCCCCCCCAGUUGUUUAUGUAACAGUAAUGAAGAAAGAAUAUAUUCAGACAAAUAGAGACUAUAUAGUUAUUUAUUUCAAGUAUUUCAUAAAUAAAUGAAAAUUUAAAAACUGAAAUGGAAAUAAAGCUUACAUUCCACAUUAUUAAUGUUAUAUUAAUGACUAUUGUUAUUUGUCAAGUUUGGAUACCUCUUAUACCUGUGUGUCCACAGUGUUGGAGGAUGA